AUGAACCACCUCCGCAACUCGACAUUCGGGAAGCGUUUGCGUGCAGCCCAACAACAGGAAGAAGAAAAUCCGACUCCAGAAUCAGACGACACACGAGAAUAUGGCGACCGCUUCAUUCCAACCCGCGACCGAGGAGACAUGAGGACUUCUUACAACCUCAAGGACGAUUCAACACCAUCAACGCCAUCGAAAAAGUCGAGAAUUAUCCCUUCAGAGUCGGAUGCACUCAAAGAGCAAGCGAAUGCCUUGUUCAACUCGAUAUUACACACAGAAGUGACUCCCGCGGACCCACCCUCCCCUCCUCGCCCACCGCCACCAAUCGCUGCCGCACCUUCUACACCAACUCGACGCCGUCUAUUUGUCUACAAUUCCCCUUCCGCUUCAGCACCAUCAACCCCAACACGACGACUCGAUACCACAGCCGAUUCUGCUUACUCAAUGAGCCCAACACCAUAUCGCGUUCUCGAUGCCCCAGAAUUGGCUGAAGACUUCUACCUCAACCUUGUGGAUUGGUCGAGUACAAAUGUUUUGGGGGUUGGUCUCGGAAGCUGUGUGUAUCUCUGGACAGCCCACAAUGCCGCCGUUAACCGACUAUGCGAUCUUUCCGACACCAACGAUUCGAUAAGCUCCGUAUCAUGGGUUCAAAAGGGCUCAACACUGGCUGUUGGUACGCUUUCUGGGCGACUACAUGUCUACGAUGCGAAUCGAAUAACAUUACUACGCACCUAUACCCAAGCUCACACACAACGUAUCGGAGCCAUCGCUUGGAAUGCCCAUGUUUUGUCUUCUGGCUCGCGUGAUAGGAUAAUACACCAUCGUGACGUUCGCGAGUCGGCUACUCGUCCAUUCAAGCGUUCAGCAGGCCACCGUCAAGAAGUCUGUGGUCUGAAAUGGAGUGGGGAUGGUGGUGUCGGGGCCGCUAAUCUUGCUAGCGGAGGCAACGACAACAAAGUAUGCAUAUGGGAUCUUCGUGGCUCGAAGCGGAGCAAUAGUGCUUCCCGGGCAACAACCGUACCAGAGCCAGACGAUGGAGACACGCCUCUCUGGAAAUUUCAUGAACACACUGCCGCCGUUAAAGCUCUUGCUUGGGACCCCCACAUAUCUGGUGUGCUUGCAACUGGUGGGGGCACUCAAGACAAGCACAUUCGAUUUUGGAACACCAUCAGUGGGGCAAUGUUGAAUGAGCUCGACACCGGUAGCCAAGUGUGCAACUUGAUAUGGUCCUUGACCUCCCACGAACUCGUAUCAACCCACGGAUUCUCAUCAACAACAGCGCAGAACCAGAUAUGCAUUUGGAAGUAUCCAACACUCAACAUGGUCGCGUCACUCACCGGCCACACCAACCGAGUGUUGUACCUUGCCAUGAGUCCUGAUGGGGAGACCAUCGUCACAGGUGCUGGAGACGAAACUUUGCGGUUCUGGAAUGCGUUUCCGAAGCGCGAGUCACAUUUUUGUCACACACAUCCUUUUCCUUCGAUUUUAUCUUCCAUGGCUGCUCUCGAUCCAGAGGAUGUCCCGACCAUGCAACGAGCGGUCCGGCAAAUUGAGUUCUACUUUGCGGACAGCAAUCUCCCCUACGACAAGUUUAUGUGGACCCUGCAUUCGAAAACCCCCGAGCAUUGGGUAUCGCUUGCGACCGUCGCAUCGUUCAAAAGAAUGAGGGAAUUCACGCCCCUUGGAGUUGAGUGGGUCGCCCGGGCACUUCGUGAACAGAGCACACAACUGGAAGUUGAUGCUGAUGGCACCAAUGUGCGCCGCAAAACGGAAGUGCAGGAGCCCAAAGACCAGUUCGAGCGCAGUGUCUACGCUAAAGGGUUCCCGGAAGAAAAUGACACCCUCCAGGCACGUCUAGAGGCAUUUUUUGAGCAAUAUGGGCCCACGAACGCAGUUCGCAUGCGGCGAGAUCAAGAUAAAAAAUUCAAACUGUCCGUUUUUGCAGAGUUCUCUUCCAUGGACACCUGUACCGCGUUUCUUUCCGCUGACCCGCCCCCAACCUUCGAAGGCACUCCCCUGCUCGUCAUGUCCAAGGAGGCCUACUGCCAGAUGAAGAUUAAAGAGAAGGGCUUGACAGGCAAGGCAGCCGACAGUCGCCGAAAUCUUUACACCCCUGGCCGGAAAUUCGACGCGUUCCGUGACGCCGCCUCGAAAAUGGAUGUGGACACAAAACCGGCCGCGGAAACGGCCACAGCCCCGCAGCAAGUUUUCCUUGAGUUUAUGGGGUCGACGAUUGCGAUCCACCGCAACGAGGAGGGCGUGGGGGCGGUCAACGAUGCGGAUGUGCCGUUUGUCAAAGGCGCUACGCUGCGGUUUGACGGGGCUGAGGAGGGCGGAAAAGUCAUGUUUACUGACAUCAAGCUGCCGCUGAAGGAAAAGUUCGGUCGACCACCGUUCAUCAAAUACACGACCGGAGCGUCGUUUGGUCUUGUUGGGUUCCACAAGGCGUUGACUGAGGACGAUAUCAAGUUCGUCAAGGAGGCGAUACCGAAACUGGGCAACAACGAGAUUACUUGGACAGUCGCGGGAGAGGAAGAAGAAAAGGAGUUCCAAUUGGAGCGAGCGCAGAGUGCAGCCCGGAUGGCGUGGGAGCAGGCUAGUGGGAUGGGAAAAGAAAAAGGUGGCCGAGGUGGCCGGGGCGGGAGGGGAGGGGGUCGCGGCGGGAGGGACAGUGGAGGCAGGGGAGGGCGAGGUCGUGGUCGUGGCCGAGGUGGCCGAAGGGAAGGUGGCCGAGAUGCCCGUCCUGCUGAAGACGUCCGCGCAACAGAAAACACCGGCGCAGAAGACGCGCCAACAGGGGAGAAGAGAAAACGGGCAGUUGAACCGGAUGGCGGCCCGGAUGUCGGCGUUCGUGGGAAGGCUGCCCCGCCCACCAUUGCCAGCGUAAAAAAAGCAAAGACGGAAGAGUAA